AUGUCUUCAGCCCCAAUUGCUUCACGACAAAAUGUGCUACUCGUACCCACAGCAGAAUAUGCCACAUUCACAUCUGUGAAGACAUGGAUUUGUAAUUGGUUUGAGAAAGUUGUUAUGAAUCCAGAAGUUCUUUUGUAUUUGUUGGCCAUUCCGAUACGAAUCUUCGCUUACGGCUUUAUCUCAAGCAUUAUUCUUUUUCCAUAG